AAUGUUAUUCAUACAAGUGGUUAUGUAACUCUGAAUGUUUAACAGAUGUGUAAAUUAAUAUCGUUUUUUCCCCUCAUCUCCGCUUGCAUGUCCAUUUUAACAUUGUCCUUUUUUUUGCAGACAAAAUUUCGUGUUAAGAUGAACUUCCGCUCCUCAAAGUCGUCAUCUUUGCAAUUAUUACACGCACACACGUAUGAUGUUGCCAAAGACUUUGAAGAAUGGAGUCGUUCUGUUGGAGCUCCUGCGCCUGCACCAACACUUGAGAAAUGUAAAAAAGAUAUGGUUAUCCUCCUUGAUACUUCGUACUCCAUUGGUAAACACAGAUUCAACAAAAACGUCAAAAAAUUUCUCAAAAAUUUGGUUUCCAGUCCAAAGCUCAAUGUUGGUCGUGAUGGAACUCAAAUUGCUAUCGUUAUAUUCAGUAAUAAACGUAACACAAGAGUUGUUCUACCUUUCUCUGGUCGUACAAAAGCAGAAUACAAAAAAUUUAUAGACAAAAAAUUGUCAUGGAGGGCUGUUUCUGGUGGUAGAACGAUGACUGGAACUGGUGCAGGCAUUGUUGACAAACAGAUCUUCAAAAAGAACAGUCCACUCAACAACAGACCAAACAUCGCUGACGUUGUCUUAUUGAUAACAGAUGGUGAACCACGUGGAAGGAAAGUAGGCGAUGAAUUAAAGGACGCUUACAAAUAUUCAAGCGCGAUAAAAGACAAAGAUAUUCUUAUUGUUGGUGUUGCUGUUGGUGAUCCAAGUAUCGUGAAAAAGUUUAAGCCAGUUAUCAAAAAGAUGUCAACUUCAGAGAAGACAACUUUUGACAGCAAAUUUGAUAGUUUGGACAAGAUACUGAGCCAAAUUGUUGAUGCUUCUUGUACUCCAUUUAAACCAGGUGACUGUAGCUGUUCCUCGAUUCAAUCAAAACCUAUGUACAUCAAGCCACCAGCAACAACGGUAACCGUGUCUUGGCCAUUACCAACAUUACAAUGUAGAAACAACAGAAUUCCAAAACAUACCACGACGGCAAUCAAACCAAAUAUCACCUCCCCACAUAGUUUUACUGCUGGUGAUUAUCCUAUCGAAUAUACUUACACAUUCAGAGGUGGAUUUGAUCUUAAAUGUUACGUUAAUAUAACUAUUAAAGCGUGUACCUGCCCCUCCCCAGUGAAUGUGAUUACUUACGCCUCCAGCAAUUUUGGAUCAACCGCUGUUCAGUAUAGGCAGCCUCGUCCUACCUGUAGCUCAACACUAAAAACAGCUCCCGCCAGGAAACAAUCAGGAUCGAAGUUUGUCAUUGGAAAGCAUUCUUUGGACUACUUGUAUUCAACCAUUGGAGGAUUUGAUCUUACAUGUCGUGUGAAUAUAGACGUCAGAGGAUGCUCAUGCCCAAAUAUACACAAGACCGUUAUUAUGCAACCUGAUUCACCAAAUGGUCGAGUGAAUGUCUCGUGGAGUGAACCGAAAUGUAAUUGCUCUAGUCAGGGUAUCGAUCGUCUUACUGUUAAACCAAACAUUAAGCCUGGGGCGAGUUUUGGAGUUGGUAAUCAUGUGAUUAGAUACUCGUAUGAUUUAAGCAAUGGUGUAAAUGUUCAGUGUUCUGUGAAUCUCACAGUACGAGUUGUGCCUUGUCAGGGUCUUGAUUACGAUCCUGCAACUCAUGUGUGUUGUUGUGGAAAGAUUCGAGCCAAGAAACCUCAUUAUAAAUGUUGUGGAAGAAAGCAGUAUAAUGUUGAAACACAUCAAUGUUGCUCAACUAAUUAUAAUAUUGUGGAAAUUUCUCAAACUUGUCCUGGUAGUUGAGAUGCAGUUCCGAUGAUAUUUUAUUGGAGAAAAUCAAGAUGUUGAAAUCGCCUCCUGUUUGGAUUAAAGUUAACAUGAAAUAUACUAUUCUUUAUACUUGUUGCAUUAAAAAUUCAUAAAAAAAUAUUUUUUGUGGUUUUAUUGUUUGCAGUUGAAAUGCGUUGUACCUUGUAGGAAAAACUAAAUGAAAUCAAAACGUGAAUAUUUUAAAACAAAA